GAAGACCGUUAUCAGGAACCAGUAUUAGUGGUCCGUUGAUGAAUGACGUGGCUGCACAUGGCACACGUAGGCGUCUCGGUGUUAUGUGUGAACCACUGGGUAUCUUUGGAGAUCGGUGCAAAUAACGUUCCCGUGCCACACAGCCUCAUCGUCGUCGUCGUACUGUACGCAGCAGGAAGCCGGGCCCCUCCAGCCAAUCACAGGCUAGCCUCCUCCAAAUUAAAAAAAAUAAAAAUAAAGUACAUCAAGUACUGCAUUGUUGUCAUGGCUGCCUCACAGGAAGACCGAGAAGAGCUUUUACUGUCUUGUCGAUACGGUGAACUCCAGAACGUACAAGGUUUCGUCACUAGACACGGCGCACCUGCGCUUGCCGAUGCACGAGAUGACCACGGAAACACUGUUCUCCAUAUGACAUGUGCAAAUGGUCACGUAGGUGAGUGGCUGCUUUCUCACCCACCGUUAUGUACCAGGCUCCGCAACGGUCGUAAGGCACUUUUAGACAUCCUCGAAUAUCUCUUUUCCCUGGUUCCAACUUCGUUGCUUGCACAACAGAACCAUGCAGGUUCAACGCCACUUCAUUGGGCCGCACUCAAUCGGCACCUCCAGAUUGCCCAAAAACUAAUUCAGCAUCCCGGCGGACCCGGCGUCGACCUGAUCGAUAUCAAGAACGCAGCGGGUAGAUCACCCCUCGGCGAAGCUGAGAUGGCGGAGUGGGAUGAGGGCGCGCAAUGGUUUGCUCAGGUGAUGAAUAUCGAUGAGGUGAAGAAGGAGGAAUCCGACGGGCAGAUCGAUUCGUACCAGUCAGUUGACAUCGAGAUUCAGAAUGUCGAGGGCCAGAUUGCGCCAUUGACGAUCAAUAACGCUACUCAGGCAUUAUCGACAUCGUUAAUGGAGUCACACGAAAAUCAAGAGUCCCGAUAAUACGUAUAUAUUUGAUCGUGCUGCUGCACACCUUCAAGUUUCACCUCCUGAUUAUGUUCGGAGGCAAUAAAGUGUAACAUAGCGUGGUUAUCAAACAUCUUUUGAUCGAGGUAUCCGUGCCUUCUGGUGACAUUCAACAGAUGACCGCGACGAGCGACACUGAUACAUCCGAUUUGGUGAAGGUUCA